AUGGCGAAGGAUCUCAUUACAGUGAUCGGCGAAGAAGGGACCUUCGAAGAGCAGGUCAUCGACCUUGCAGCGCUGCUUUCCCGCAGCAUUGCGCCAGAGAAGAGGGACGCGUUCAUUACUUCAUGGAGAGAAAAGGCGACGGCGGCCGGCGAGGAAGCAGAGGGAAAGCGGAGUGUUAUGAAGGAGUUGGUCGCAAGCUUGAACGGUAUUGGUGAAGGGAAUGAUCGGGAACUUGAAGGGUUUUUCAACCUGGUGAGCGCCAUCGUCGCUUCUCUCUUCUCCGAUGAGGAAGUGGAGCCACUGGUCAAGGAGCUUUGUGCAGCGAUCGUCAAGGAGGGUCAGGCCAUGGAGAAGACGAUUGUCAGGUAUCGCAUCCUGACAAACAUCUACAACUCGCUCCCGGCCACUUCUUCCAACCGAUACCUCGUAUUCACAACACUUCUCGAGCUCGCCUCGUCGAACGAUGAGCUCGACCUCUUGGCCGAUGCACUGACUGCGCUUCCUUCGCGUCUGGCUGUCUGGAACAUCGACGCAGCCAAGAAGUCUGGUCUCCUCGCUUCGGCGGCCAGCGCGCUCGAGUCUGCCGACCAAGGCCAGCGUGCCUACCAGUUCCACCUUGCACACCUCCGCUUCCUCUCCACGUCCAGUGUGUCUGGCGCAGGAAGUGACUCUGCGGAAGCAAAGGCAGCGGCGGAAAAGACGAUCGUCGCAGCGCUCCGUCUUCCAAAGCUCUUCGACUUUGAAGAGCUUGUCGACAUCGAUGCCGUCAAGCAGCUUUCCGGGCAACCGGUGGGAAAGCUCCUUGAUGUUUUUGUCAAAGGCAACACUGCCGACUGGGAUGCGUGGAAGGGAGCGCACAGCAGCGAUGUGGACCGUCUCGGCCUCUCCGUCGCACAAUUGGAUCGCAAAAUUAGACUGAUGGAUCUCGCCGCGCUUUGCUCGCGGAGCGUCUCCUCCGAAGUACCGUACACCGCCAUUGCCAGUGCGCUUGGCAUUAAUGUGGAUGACGUCGAGGUGUGGGUCAUCGAUGUGAUCCGUGCCGGCCUUGUGUCGGGCAAGCUCUCGCAGGUGAAGCAAUCGCUGCGCGUCUACCGAUCGGCCUACCGGACAUUUGGCAGGGAGCAGUGGGAAACGCUCGAGGUGCGUCUGAGCCAGUGGGAGAGCAGCAUCAACGCGAUCCUCGAGACGCUCCAGGAGACAAAGCGCGGCGUUCAGAAGCCCGUGCCCGCCAACGUCGGCAUCCCAGGCGCGGACGCGGGCGCCGUCAACCAGAUCACGGCUUAGAGUGCUUCACUUGUUUCUGCAUGUAUAUUUUACCAGUCCCCAAAAGAAGGCCUCUUCCUCGGAUCGCUCCGAGUUGGCAAUUAGAUCCGUAUCGAUGAUGUCC